GUUUAUCUACUUGCUGUUCCUGCAUAAAAAAUGUCAGCACUUUAAUUUGACAACAACCCACAAAACAAUUUAUGUCAUUUGUAAUUGAAUUUGAUAUUUAGAAACAUUGAAGAGACAUGUCAAAACACACGGGUUUCUUCCACAACCUAAACAGAUAUAUCACCCAAAGACGCCAUGGUUCCACAUAUUCACCUAUCCAGAAAAUCUUGAUAGCAAACAGAGGGGAAAUUGCCUGCAGGGUUAUCAAAACUGCUCGAAGCUUGGGAAUUAAAACAGUGUCGGUUUUUAGUGAUGCAGACAAAAAUGCUCUACAUGUUGCAAUGGCUGAUGAGGCAUACAACAUUGGCCCUGCAGCUGCCAAUCAAAGCUACCUGUGCCAAGAUAAGAUCAUGACCAUCGCCAAGCAGUCUGGUGCACAAGCCAUUCACCCUGGCUAUGGAUUCCUCUCAGAGAAUGUGGAGUUUGCAGAGAUGUGUGCUAGGGAAGGAAUCAUAUUCAUUGGACCCCCCUCCUCAGCUAUACGAGAUAUGGGGAUCAAAAGUACAUCGAAGUACAUCAUGUCUGCUGCUGGUGUUCCGGUGAUAGAAGGUUACCAUGGCGAGGACCAAUCAGAUGCUAGACUGAAAAAAGAAGCUGCAGCCAUUGGUUACCCAGUCAUGAUCAAAGCUGUUAGGGGUGGUGGUGGAAAAGGCAUGAGAAUUGCUAUGACAGAAAAGGAGUUUGAUGGUCAGCUUGAGUCAGCAAGGAGGGAAGCCAUGAAAUCGUUUGGGGACCAAGUGAUGCUGGUAGAAAAAUUUGUUGAAAGGCCAAGGCACGUUGAGGUGCAGGUGUUUGGAGAUAAACAUGGCAACUAUGUUUACCUGUUUGAGAGAGACUGCAGUGUGCAGAGACGGCACCAGAAAAUCAUAGAAGAGGCUCCUGCACCUGGACUGACAGAGGAGACAAGGAAGAAAAUAGGAGAGGCAGCUGUACGCGCUGCUAAGGCUGUGAACUAUGUGGGAGCUGGCACGGUUGAGUUCAUCAUGGAUAAGCACCAGCAAUUCUACUUCAUGGAGAUGAACACCAGACUGCAGGUGGAGCACCCAGUCACAGAGAUGAUCACAGGCACUGACCUUGUACACUGGCAGAUCAAGGUUGCAUCAGGUGAACCACUACCUGUACGGCAGGGUGACAUUCAAAUGAGAGGUCAUGCCUUUGAGGCCCGUAUCUAUGCAGAGGACCCUAACAACAGCUUUAUGCCAGGGGCUGGUCCCCUCCUGCAUCUUUCUACACCAGAAACAGAUGCUAAAACACGAAUUGAUACAGGAGUACGGCAGGGUGAUGAGGUGUCAGUCCACUAUGAUCCUAUGAUUGCUAAGCUAGUUGUCUGGUCGGAGAAUAGAGAGUCGGCUCUGAGGAGGUGCCGAGCGGCCCUGCUGGAUUACCAGGUGCUGGGUUUGAACACCAACAUUCAGUUCCUGACGGACUUGGCAAAGCACCCGGAGUUCAUGGCGGGUAACGUGCACACAGAUUUUAUCCCUCAACACCAGUCGGAUCUGUUCCCUGUCCAUACCACCAGUGCUACCACCAUCUGUCAGGCUGCCAUGGCGAUGGUACUCCGACAGAAACAUGUCCGCAGGGAGCUGGCCAAGAACACACUUGACCAGUUCUCGCCAUUCUGGGGAUGUGAUGCAAUGAGAUUAAACCAGAACUCUACAAGAUUGGUGAACCUAAUGGACGGAGAUACAGAGUUGCAUAUCCAGAUUGUAACUAACAAAGAUGGAACAUUCACUGUCAGUUUUGAAAAGAAUUGCUUUAAUUUAACUGCAAGCCUUGAACAGGAAGGGGAGAGAACUUAUGUUGUGACGGUCAUAGACGGAGUAAAAACAAGAGCCUCUGUUGUACAGCUGGGAAAUUCUCUACAUGUGUUUACUACCGAAGGAGCAAGGGAGCUGAGAAUGCCGGUGCCCAAGUUCAUGACCUCAGUGGGUGAGGGGGCCAGCCUGGGAGAUGCUGUGGCGCCCAUGCCCGGGGUCAUAGAGAAGGUGAGCGUGACCCCGGGUCAGGCGGUGGAGAAGGGUGAUCCUCUCGUGGUGAUGAUUGCUAUGAAGAUGGAGUACGUGAUUCGAGCUCCGAAGGCAGGGAAAGUACAGACGGUGUACUACAAAUCAGGGGACACUGUACAGAAAGGGGUACCACUUGUUCACUUCCAGGAAGAUGCCCCAGCCACAUAGGCUGGUAUACAUGCAUCCAUAUACCGCUUUAACAUUAGUGAUAUAAGUGAUAUCAUGUUUGGUGAUGUCUCUUUUGGUUUGUGUGUGGGGGGUAGGUUUCUGUGUUUGUGUAUUUCUAUCACAUGCUUUGCCAAUUAUGCUAAGUGGUAAAAUACUCAAUCAAUGUAUCAAUUUUGUUCCAGCAGUUUAGGAUCGUCUGAGGAUAAGCAAGUUAUUCUGCUGUUAAGUCUGAGAACCUUUUACUUGUGGUGAUAAUAUUUUUCAAACAAUGUUACUGUUGUGUAUUGCCUUGUAUUUCUAAGAAUUUGCACUCGAAUGUAUUCAACGAGAUGAUUUUGAAUUUUAUGUUUGUAUGCUAAUCGUGGUAUCAUUAAACAUAUUUAUAAUUUCAACACAACAGUUCUUGUUUCGUAAGUAUAUUUUAUUUAAUUACCCGUCAAUGUUAGUUUUAGUUUUAGGUGUGUGUGUGUGUGUAGUUCUGUUUGCAGAGGGCAGGACUACAUGUGCAAGGAUGGUUCGAUUCCCGGCCCGGCCACAUUAAAUAUGUAAUUAUUAGUAAUGCUAUGGCCACUCAACCCCCACCACUGAUUUAGGUAGAGAAGUUGUCAGUUAUUGGCCUAUGUAUGUGCACUUAUUUUUCCCAGGGAAAUUGUAUGUUAAGUGACUGUCUAAGUAUGUUUGAAACAAUUGUGAAAACAGCAUAAUUCAAAAUCAACAAAAUGCAAUGGUGUUUUCACUGAUUAUGUGUGCAUAUGCAGCCUCCUUGUUAUGCUUAUUAUCACAAAACAAAUGCAGUCAUCAUUGAAUAAAAGAUAAAUGUAUA